AUGGCAUAUGACACUAUGGAGCCAAGCAUUCUCAAGGUGUUCAUUUAUCAGGCCCAAAAGGGUGAAAAGCUCACUCCGAACCUGAACAUGAUACUUCUUAACAAGCUGUCAACUGGGCAGCUCCCAGCUCUGAAAUUGGAAAUGCUCAGCUGCUUGGGAUCUCUCAUUGAAGCCAAUCAAACCGACAUUGGACGUUACUUGCCUCAAGUGAACCAAAUUCUGACAGAACAAAUUUCUUCUGACAACAACGUCGUUCAAAACAUGUGCAUCACUGCUGUCCGCAAACUGAUCACGUUUUGCAAACAUGUAGAUGAAGACCUGCUCCAGAAACUAGUGGACGUUGCAACAAGAUCCGACUGUAACGAAUAUGUGAGGAACGAAAUCGCACUGACUUUUGGUCUUAUUAAGGACGAGUAUAACCCUGUCAUCAAGUUGAAGCAGUUCAGGGAAAAACUCCAUCUUGCCAACUUGCACUUCAUCUCACCAAAAAAUGUGCUCGAACAUUUGAAAUGCUAUACAAAUGUCAAUGGGAGUUUGCUCGAACAAAAUUAUCUUCAACUUAUACACAUAAUCGACAAUGAAAGCAUGCAGCUGCAAGAGGAGGCUUUGUUGUUCUCCACUCCAUGCAUUAAAAGGUGCCAGCAAAUUGUGACAGAAUGCCCAACUUUUGACGAGAUCAUUCAGGAAAUCCAUCAAUUGGCAGUCGAGAAUCACUUCCAGGUGGAAGGUAAAGUGAAAGACCUCAAUGAGCUUCUGGAUGAGUUGCGAGAUAAAAAUCAAUCGGAAUCAGAACUUGUAUGUAAACUCAAGGAACAAAAUUCCCUUAAUAUCCAGCAAUCCAUUUUCCAGGAGCAGGAAGACAAACUGACCUGGAAUAAAAAACAGAUUGUUAGUUGGGCUGAACAGUUCAAGCCAGGAUCUGGCAAGACAUUCACUGACAAUGAGGCAAUUGCAGUCAUCUACCGAGCCAACUACCUCGUCAAUGGUCACGAACUCACAUAUCCCCAGAUAUUGUGCAGUUUAAUAGCAUUGAAAACAGUCGGAAGUAACAACGGUAAGUUACUAGAAGUAGCUACUGGUGAAGGGAAGUCUACAAUCAUUUCUAUCCUAGCCAUAAUAUAUUCUCUAAGAGGCAAAAAUGUGGACAUCCUCACCAGCUCACCAAUUUUAGCUGAAAGGGAUGCUAAGCAGCAAGCAAAGUUAUACAAAAUGUUUAACCUCAAAUGCUCUGACAACAGUGACAAAACUAUCUACCUGAAAGGCAAGAAGGAUUGCUAUUCGGCUAACAUAGUAUAUGGUGAGAUGUCACAGUUUCAGUUUGACAUACUAAGAGACAACUACAGCAAGUUGGACACUUUAGGUGAUAGGAAUUUAUGUGUGGCUAUUGUGGACGAGGUAGAUAGCAUGUUGAUAGACGACAGUUCAAAAAUUGCUCGCCUUUCCUCAACUGUCCCAGGGAUUGACCAUCUUCAAGCGCUUUAUGUCUUUAUUUGGCAGCACCUGGUUUCGAUCAAAAGCAGGUUAUUUAUGGUCAACAACAAGUUGUACUUCGUUAAGGGUACCCUAGGGUUUGAUGAUGGCGCCUUCACUUUGGAGUAUGCUGAUGCAAAUGGCGAUAUCAUGAAAAUCCCUGACUUGGAAGUCCACUUUGCACAAGUUAGAGGCCGAAGUCCACUUGCUGAGGCUGUUGAAGACUUGGAUGAGUUCCUUAGAAACUCUCUAAUGUUUUAUCUUAACGACGUGAUGGAGCAAAAUACGAUUUAUAUUCCAAGACAUUUCGCAAAUUUCAUAGAAAAUCAAAAGUCUGAGUGGAUUAAAAAUGCUGUGGAAGCCUUACGCUUCCAGGAAAAUGUGCAGUAUAUAGUACAGGACGGGAAAAUUAAACCUGUUGACUACCACAACACCGGCAUAGUUCAAAGUUUUACAAGCUGGGGUGAUGGGCUUCAACAGUUUCUUCAACUAAAGCACAAUUUGAAAAUGACCAGCGAAACGCUAAUCACCAAUUUCCUUUCCAAUGUGGGACUCGUUCAUAAAUAUGAACAUGUGUGUGGUCUAACCGGAACUCUUGGGUCAAAGGCUGCGAGGAAGCUGCUGAAAAGCGUCUACUCGGUACAACUUCUCAACAUCCCAGAGAAACGUAAGAAACUAUUCCUGCAACUUGAAUCUAUUGUUGUGGAAGAUGAGGAUAGUUGGAUGGAAGAAAUCGCGGCCAACAUUGUGCUGGAGUCUAAAAAAAAACGAGGAAUUUUAGUUGUCUGUGAAACAAUCGAAAGUGCCGUUCAAGUUAGUGAUCUGGUAAAAAAUAAACUGCACCCGCACUCGCUCAAGCUGUACACUAUUAAUGAUGUGAAUCAAGAGAAAAAUAUCGAAAAAAUUCGGCCUGGACAAGUCAUCAUCGCCACAAACUUAGCUGGACGCGGCACCGACAUACGAACAGAUGAAAUCGAGGCCACUGGCGGGUUGCACGUCAUUCUGACGUUCAUGCCAACCAACCAGAGGGUCGAAGAUCAAGCUUUUGGCAGGACGGCCCGGCAGGGCAGACGUGGCACUGGUAUCAUGAUCCUGAAUGCCCAAAAUGGGGAUGGUUUUCGCGGAAAUACAAUAGGAAUGUCCAAUAAAACUAUGAAAGAGCAAAGAGACAUAAUAGAAUCCGAGCAACUCCACACCUUCCAAAACCAUGAACUCAAACUCAUACAAGUGAAAGACGAACUCUUUGACAUAUUUUGCUCCUUCUUGAAUGAGGUGCGAGUUCAGAUAAGAAAAGAAACUCGUAGCAAACUCAGCAUAGUGCGUAAUUGGUUUACUGAGGGUGAGCCAACUGUUUAUGAGCUUUGCAUGCUGGCAGCUUUGGAAGAGCAAUGGGCUGCCUUCCUAAGAAAACUGGAUAAUUACGAGAUAAAAUGUGAAGAAGCAGAAGACAAAUGCAGAGCUCUAAUUGAUCAGCUUCGAAUUUACUUCAGAAAAAAUCAGCUUUUCAAGAAUCCGUACUACCUCAUAACAAUUGCUAAUGACAUGCUUGUGAAUACAGGGACCGUGCCUACCUCCAACACCAAUGAAGCCCUCGGGUUCUUCCAAAAAGCGGUGCAUUUGGACCAUUCCAAUCAGAGAAAAAGGCUGAAAACAUCGUCAAAAUCAGUAGAAGUUUCACAAGAGGAAAAAGAUGUGUUCUCACCCGGAGCAGCACAUGUGGGCAUUGCCUGGUGCAAGUUACUCCUGAAAGAGAAGGGAUACAAAGAUGAGGCACUGUCAUCGUUUAAAGUAGCGUUGAAGUGCCUUGCAAAUGAAAUGAGUGUACUCAAUGCCACACAAUUGCUCUUAGAGCAGAGGCAGGCUGGGUUUGUCGACAGCCCGCUGUAUAACCAGUUGAACACACAAGCCUCAAUAAUCGGUUCUUACAUGAACGGCAUCGAGUCCUCCAUAAACGCUCUGAAAAGGUCAAAGCGGAUGAUUGACCUGGUAGCAGUCAAGCGCCACGAAGUCACAGCUGGCAAGCCGGGCAUUCUAGAAACCAUCACCCACCACAAUGACCUUGAAAGAAGUGAUCAAGAGAAAUGCCUAUUCAAGAAUGAAAACCUGAAACUGAGCAGUGGAGAAAAUUACUCUCUAACUUUCAAUCAUUUAACCACAAGGGAGGAUUUGAAGACAAUUGAUCAAGCUAUAAUCAUUCUAGACAAUGCAUUUGAUAAAAAUCUCUUACAUAAUGAGAAACAUAACUUAUUUGGGCUGAAAAAUUUAGUUCAAUCAGCCAAGUCGGAGUUUUCACUCGACGGAUUCAGUUCCUUGGCCAAAGAAUCGUACAGGGAUGUCAAAAUUAACGUGAAUAAAGUUGACAUCGAAAGUGUCAUCAGUGCUUUUUUUAAUACAGACCAAGAGUUGAAAGGUCUGAGAGGGGAAAAGGCCUUAUUAGAACUCAAACAGGAGCGAUCAGAGUCACGUAAAAUAAGCCUAGUGAUUCGUUCAAAUGAUGACGAUGAGUUUGAGGAAAUAUUCAACGGCAUGCAAACCAAUCAAUUGGUCAAGAUUGUCGAAGGAAAAAUGGAAAACGCCGACCUUUGUUUUGACAUUGUGAUAAAAACUAACAAGUUAAGUAAGGCAUCAGUCAUUCUAAAUGUUGAAUUCCAUGAUUUGAAUCAAAAAGCAGCAGAAGCAAAGCUUCAAUCCAUCAAUUCAAAUUUAGUUCACGUUGGCCUAGCCCUCAACAAGUCAGAUUUGUUGCAUCUAUUGAACCUCGACGCAUCACUGGCGAGCGGCACGUUGUUGGUCGGCCAGAAUCAUGUGCACGAAAAACUCAAUAGGGAGUUAUUGAUAGUGCGAGCGCAUGAACAAAAAGAAGACCAUUCAUUCUGCUAUGUAAGAUUUGACGACCUGAAGUUUGAUCAAGCAAAUAAGAUCGUGAAGAACUGCAGUGAAAAUGCAGCAAUUUCUCUUUCCUUUUGUGAAAUUGAUGAUGUAUACAAUGCUGCACUCAAAGGAAAAGCUGACCUCAGUUUUACUGAAUUAAACCAAACCUCUGCGGAAAUAGUUAUUCAGGAGCUAAGAAAGAAGAAUUUUGAGUUUUCCUUAGAAUUCCAGAAGUUAUCAAGCAAAGAAGUAUCAUUCAUCCUGAAUGGUGCUAACUUGGAACAAGAAGACAUGGAGAUAACCAGUGUUAAGAAUGUGCGCGAUUUGUUUACGAAAGGCUCAGCGCCGGCAUAUGAACUUGACCAGUUUGCCGCCAGAGGUCUCGAGCACAUCAUUGAGCUGAAUGAAAAGCUGUUCGUUCCAUGGCGAAGCGUGGCUGCAGUGGCGGCACUUGGCAUUUCCCAAAUUAUUAUUGGAAGUGUACUGAUAGCCAUUGGUCUUGGGUCCCCAUUUGGCUGGGGUAUUGUGACGGAAGGAGCGUCUGACCUGCCCAUGGCAUUCAAAGCAUAUAAAACAAGACAGUUCAAUUGGAGGGACUACAGCAAACAGAAAACAGUGAGUUUGGCGAUUUCAGCUGCUACUAUGGGAAUUAAUUACUGGGAAACGGGCCUGAAUGCAGCCUCUUCAGCUGUGUUUUCCGAAGUUGGUCGAGAAGUGAUGGAACAAGCAGGCGUACAGGUCGUCGUAAAUAGAAAAUUGGCCGGUCAGGUGGUUUUGAAUACAAGCAAGAAUCUGAAGAGUCUGGCAGGUAAAGCUUGCAGAAAAGCUGCGAUGGCCGUGGCAAAAGAAUGCACGAGCACCGCCAUUCAACACCUGUCUGACUUUUCUUUUGCUCUUCUCAAACCUAAAAUUUGUGAGUCAGUACAGUCAAAAGUGACAUCGGCAUUUAAACGUCACCCUGAACUCGUGAUUAUUUUGCGGCAAUUGAAUGCAAUUGAUCGGGUCGCCAAGUCCCACCGACUUCAGAUCAAAGUUGACAACAUUGUGAAAAAAACUUCCAGCAUUGUCAUCACAGAUUUUAUGAAGAAUGAGAAUGUUUCCAUUUGUUCGCCAUUAAUCAAGUGUGUACUAUCGGACUCGAACAUGAACGGAGGCAAUGCCAGCAUUCCAACAAAGGUCAUCACGACACUGAAUGGACUGCACCAGGUAAAUAUACUCGCUGACAAGAUAAUCGAAGCUCUCCUGACAAAACUUCGGGUGUUUGACGCAUAUUCCUCAACAAUUAGCCUCAUUCUGAUAAGAGACCUGAAGAUAAGGAAGGACUUUGCUAUUGUAAUUGCCAAAAAACUAAAGGAGCUUGAAAUAUUUGAUGAAAAUGACAACUUUUUGGUCGACGGAAAAACAACAACAAAGGAAAAAAUCGACAAAUUGAUGCAUGAUUGGAAGACAACGCCACAACUACUUAUGGAUGAAUUGUCUAGACAACUUAAAGAAUACUCCACCCUGAAGGCAGAUCUGGAAAAAUGCAUAGAAUUCACUAACGAAUUGUAUGAUACAUUCGUUAACAGUGACUUUGAAUGCGUUAGCACAGUCAUCAAGUCAGUGUCAGACCAGAUAGCCCAACAGUUGGUGAAAGUGAUGGACCCACUGCUUAUGCAGCCAUGGCCACCAGGUUAUUCGAUGGCUGAGAAUGGCCUCACGGACUCCAUUUCCAAUCACGGUGCUGAAAUCAAAUACCAGAAACUGUUGGUAAAACCAGGUUUGACAGAAGAAGAAUUGACCUUCAUGGCCAACUAUCGCAAAUUCAGAACCGUGACCCAACUGUUGGACCGCAACGCCAGGGAUCAUUUAACUACUCAUAGCAACGAUGGAUUGAAUUAUAAUACUAUCACUGAUGAUGCUACUAGAAUACCAUUAGACCCGAGUGUCCAUCGAAUGGCAAAUGAUAUCAGAGAAGGAAAGUCAAUAAAUCUUGCACUAAUGUCGACUCUGGCCAAAGCCAACGGCAUCAAGGUGAAAUUCGUAGAUGAUCUACAGUAUACUAAGACCCAAGAGGACGUUGAAAAUGAUGUUGAAGUGAUGUAUGUGAAAGAGGACCGUGAGAGGAGGGUUAGCUUUGCUCUUUGCUUGAACAGUGAUGGCAAGUUUAAGAAGAUAGAAGGACGAUCACAUUGUUGUGUUUUUGAGGCAUUCAGCGAAAUUCUGGCAAGGAAGUGCAUUGUAAAAUCUGUCGCUGAACUUAGAGCUGAAUUAGCGGAUCAAAUAGUGCUAAACUCUGAAAGUUUUUCGGAAGAGAUUGCGGCUGAAGCUUGGGUCGUAAAAAAAUACUCUGACUCGUCCAAACGUUCAUUCUCGGUUGGACUGUUUCACGACGAGACAGGAAAACUGGAGAUUGUAAAGUGUGAUGAUAUGGCCAUGAUCGAUGACAUCAGAAUUGAUGCAAAUCACGAUGCUGCAGCUGCAGGUUCUUUUGAGAGAGCAGCAGAGAGAGUGGGGCUAUCCCGACGAGGCUCAGUGCAGAACAGCGAUUCUUGGCAUCCAGCGGAGCAUCGCGGUUCAUCGUCCUCAGUGCAAGACUUGGCUAAAGCAAUAACGGAAAAUAAACAUUCACAAAGUGGUCUAUUGGAACGAGUGGUGCGUAUUGGCUCAUUGGAACGAGUGGAGCGUAGUGGCUCAUUGGAACGAGUGGUGCGUAGUGGCUCGUUGGAACGAGUGGUGCGUAGUGACUCAUUGGAACGAGUGGUGCGUUGCCCUCAGUGA